CUCAUUAAGAUGGCGCAACUGUCUUCUCAACUUCUUACAUGUACCUAAUCUUAAUAGACGCCUGGCCGCUCAAGUUGAAACUAUUCAAAAGUUCAACGCGUCGUCAAUUCUCAUAAUUUAUACCGUUUUUAACCACUAUCCCUUACCUGUUGCAGCUUCAUCUUGUCACUCCUUCUUCAGCCCGCAUGCCAAUCACGUCGCUGGUGACGUCUCAUCUCAUCUCUCAUCUCAUCUCGCGCAUCCUCCAUUCCCAGUAACAAUUCUCCGAACUGCGUGAAAUCACUAUAGCCAACACAGCACUACAUCCUUCCAUACCUCAUAUAAAUUACUUAUUGUGUCAAUAAUUAUUUCGCACAUUUAAUGACUAGUUUAUCUAAUCAAAUUGAUCACCGAUACUUAUUUGUUAAAACCCAGCAACCACUGCGCAUCGGAUCCACGCGUCUAGAGUUGUGAGAUACCAUGGCAUCAGUAACGUCCUUGGAUAAGGACUUGCGAAAGUUGCGCCUCGAAAAGUACACACCCGCCGCUGCGAACGAGGCCCGGUCGUGGAUUGAGAGCGUGUUAGGUACCACACUUCCAUCCAACGAUCUUCUCGACGGGCUGAAGGAUGGCGUUGCCCUAUGCAAACUUGUCAAUCUCGCCAUUGGCCCUCCCGGCGUUAAAUUCAAACAAUCCUCUAUGCCCUUUAUGCAGAUGGAGAACAUCUCCCAUUUCCUUCGUGCCUGCCAGUCGCCACCCCUGAACUUACAAGAUCACGACGUAUUUCUCACGGUCGACUUAUACGAGCGCAAAGACCCUGCCCAAGUCCUCCAAUGUCUAGGCGCUUUCUCUCGUGCCGCGCAUGCUAUUAAUCCCUCCGCAUUUCCCUCCCCUAUCGGACCGAAGGCAAAAGUCUCUACCACCAUGAGCCCGCAAAGUACUGGUCCGACAACACCGCGCAACAGAGGACUGUCUAAUGCCAGUAACAAUUCGUCCAACUAUGGCUCACGGUCGGGUAUAACUCCUUCAAAAACUGGCGACUCGGGUUUGGGACGUUGGAGUCCUACCAAGAGUCCAACCUCAGCGAGCGAACGUGUAUCGUCACCGUCCGUAUCUAGUUGGAGCAAGAGAGACCUGGAAGGAGUUACAAGCCCCGCGUGGAAUAUUGCGCAAUACGGUUAUUUGGGCGGUGCGAGCCAAGGCAAUCUAGGUAUAUCCUUCGGGGGGCGGCGGCAGAUCACGAGCGCCAGUCCCCACGUCCUGACUUUGGCCGAUAAGGAGCGCAAGCGCAAAGAGCAGGAAGCUGAGGCCGAACGACAAAGGUUACAAGCGGAAGAGGAGGAGCGUAUUCGUAAGGCCAAGUUAGAAGCCGAAGAGGAACGGGCACGGCUGGAAGAGGAGAGCAGAUGGGAGGAGGAAACGAGGCGACUGCGCGCGGAGGAAAAGCGUAAGGCAGAAGAAGAGAAGCGUCGAUGGGAGGAAGAGGAACGCCAGUGGAAAAUAACAGAGGAAAAGCGAAGGAGGGAGGAAGAGGAAGCAGAAGCGAGGUUAGCCGAAGAACGCCGUCGUGCGAAAGCACAAAACGACACCCGAUUACAAGGUCAAUUCCUGAGCCAAUACCAAGCCGAAAACGGUAUCGCGCCGCAAAGGAGUGGCGAAGGUAGAUAUAGCGAUCGCAUAAAACAAUUGGAGCAAGAACUAGAAUUAGCAAGGAAAAGGGAGAUGGAGUAUGAGGAAGAGCGACAGAGGCGGUUGCCCAACCGAGCGCGGUCUCGCAGUCGGCCUAAAAAGGCAGAAUCUAGACCACCAAGUCGCCAAGACUCCUGGCGACCGAAAGACGAGCGCGAGUUCCUUAGUACACAAUGGAACCGACGCCAACAAGAACAGCGAGAGCGAGAGCAACAACAGCAAGAACAACAGAACGAUAUUGCUCCCCCGCCUCCGCCGCGUCCACUUCCCGUUCCUGGAUUGGUCCCACAGGUAAAGACCAAUCGUACAGGAGAACAACCACCGCCUGUUCCCGUUAAGCCCCAAAGAACUGGAGAGGGUAGGCCCCUACCCAUUCCGGACCGGCUCAAUAACCAUGUAAUUGGUGGUUCGAGCCCAAAUCCAACGUCACGACCUCUCCCCGUUCCAUCCCCAAAUUUCAACGGUAAUCGUACGGAUCGCUUCCUCUCCUCCAACCUGGCACCUGCUCCUGCUCCUCCUCAGCAAACAUAUUCCCGCGAGCUCGAGGCUACUGCAGAACGUGAUGCUGAGGACAGGCGACGAGCCGAUUCGCAAGCUAAGACGAAGGCUGGCGGUUGGGCUAGCAAAUCCCUACUAGAGCGAGAGAUGGAGAUGGAACGGCAAAGACAGCGCGAAUGGGAAGAAGCGCAGCGAGAGACGGCCAAGGCGGUCAGAGCAGGCGAUGGUGUAGAUGGUAUUGGCGGUGGGGUUGGUGGACGGUGGGACGUCAGCCAGUGGAGCGGAUAUACUGGCGGCGACAGCCAAAAUAAGGGGUCCGCAGGCAUCGGGGCUGGGAGGAGACAAAUUGUCGGACCUAGGCCAUUACCAAGCAGGCCCGGAUCAUAAACUGUUUUUUUCUUCCCUAUGAGGAAUUAGUUGUUCUCUCUGUUCUCUAACGAUAUACUUGACUUGAGAUGAUUCAAGGAAUAGAGAACAGGUAACGGCAUUAUGCAAAUGUGUUCUACCUAUUAUCCAGGGGUGAACGUUUUAUUGGCCGAAAUCGGCGCGCUGUUGGCUUCUUUUAUAGCAACGCCUACGAUGGAGAAGGAGAAGUGGUUAACCAAGAUUUAAGCUGUACAUAAGCUAGAUUUCAUUCGAAGCGGAAGAUAAAGGGGCUUCAUAUUUGCGGUAUAAGUGAUCCCCUGUUUUUUUUUAAAUCAGAUUUUAUUCUAUUAAGUAUAAGCUGAGUUGCGGUUGUGACGAAUGGGUGCUGCCCAUCAGUAAAUGGCGCGUUUAUGUAUCAUAGAAAACCGUUAGAAUACGACUUCUCAACUUGAAUUCUCUUCGCAUUACGC